AUGGCGGCGGGCGGAGGCGGCGGCCCCGGCCCCGGAGCGGGGCCCAGCGGGGGCCCCGGGGGCCGCAGGGGCAGCGCGGGCCGGGACGCGGAGGCCGAGGUUUGGUGCCGGCGGGUGCGGGAGCUGGUGAGCGCGGCCCCCGCCAACCGACUCUGCUUCGAGUGCGGCCAGCGCGGCGUCACCUACGUGGACAUCAGCGUGGGCAGCCUCGUGUGCACCGCCUGCUCGGGGGCGCUGCGGGGGCUGAACCCCCCCCACCGCGUCAAGUCCAUCUCCAUGACGACGUUCAGCGAGGCGGAGGUGCUGUUCCUGCAGGAGCGCGGCAAUGAGGUCUCCCGACGGGUCUGGCUCGGCACCUUCGACCCCCGGAUCUCGGAGCUCCCUGACUCCCGGGAUCCCCAGAAGGUCAAGGAGUUCCUGCAGGAGAAAUACGAGAAGAAACGAUGGUAUGUGCCCCCAGAGCAAGUGAAAGCCCCCCAAAGCACCACGGAGCCCCCCCAGCUGCUCCUGGGGGACACGGGGACACUGCCACAGCCCCGCCCAGCCGCCCAAAGACCCCCCCAGCCCCCCCGAAAAUCCAGCACCGACCUCCUGGCAGACAUUGGGGGGGACCCCUUUGCCACCCCCACCCUGGGACCCACCUUCGCCGCCUUCCCCGGCCCAGCCCAGCCCCACUCUGCCUUCCCCCGUUUCGAUGCCUUCGGAGCCACCCUGGGAGCACCCACGUUUGGGGGGGCUGGGCCCCCCUUCCACACCCCUCCCACCGCCACAGGAAUCGCUGCUGCUCGGGGUGGGGCCACCUCAGCCCCGCCCACAGGGGGUGGAGCCUCUUCCAGCCUCUUCGGGACCCUGGGCCCCCCCCCCAGCUCCACCCUAUGGGGGCUACACCAACCCCUUCGUGACCCCCCGGCCCUCCACCAACCCCUUCCAGAGCAACGGCCCCGGUGCCGCUUUCACCACCCCCUCGGUGCCCGGGGGGUUCCCCAGCCCCUUCCAGGCCGAUGCGUCGCCUUUUGGUGGGUUCAGCGUUGCCAAAGCCUCCACCAACCCCUUCGUGACGGCCCCGACAGCCCCGUUGGGCAUCAGGCACCCGACCACCAACCCCUUCCUAUAGCGGCCGCCCCGGGGUGGGGGGGGCUCGGCCCAGGCCGCCCCCAAAUCGUGGGGGGCUCCCCCCCCCGCCUCCGCCAGGACCAGGUUUUAUUUUUAUUUUGAGAGAUUUAUGGCGAGAUCUUAAUAUAUAUUGGAUAGAAACAGCUCCGGUCUCGGCACCUCCCUCGAGCCGAACCCCCGCUAAGGGGCCUCAUCCCCCCCCAAAAUCCCAAAUUCGGGGCGACCCCGGGUUGGGGUGGGAGGGGCUUUGCCCUCACUAAAGAUGGCGCCCGGGGGCCCUCACCCGGCCCGCUCUGCCCUCAGCCAAGAUGGCGGCGCCCUGGGUUCCGCUCGGGGGGAAUGGCCGCCCGCCCUCAACAAAGAUGGCGGCGCCAGCGCGGCUUCACCCCCUCAGCCAAUGAGAGCGCCGGGUCUGCGCUGGGGGCGGGGCCGCGCUGAGGGUUGGGGGGGGCUGGAAUUAGGGGGGGUCCCGGGGUGGGGGGACCCCCAAAAAUCCCCCCGGGUUCGGCUCCUCCAGCACCUGCUGGGGCAAGGGCGUAAUUAAUUAGCGGGGGUUAAUUAGAGGAGGGGGCACAGCACAGCGUUGGGGGGAGAGGCCCCGUUUGGGCACAGAAAAGGCAAAAACGGACAAAAAGGGACAAAACCGGACAAAAACACAAAAAGCUGAGCAGAUGAGCAGCGGGGGAGGGGCGGGACUGAGCCCUCCCCAAAACUAGUGACCCCCCCCCCGGUUUUACCAGACCUCAAACCCCCCAAAAGUCACACGGAGACAGGGAUGUACCAAGUAUAAUUUUGGGGGGGGUGUGACAAUACUUAGAACAAUGAUUAUUAUAAUUAAUUAUAAUAAUCAGAUAAUAAUAAUAGUUAAAUAGAAUAAUUUUAAUAAUAAUUAUAAUAAA